GAGGCUUGGUACAAACAUAAAUACUCACUUCCCCUCGAUGUCUAGAGAAUCCGUAAGCUCGAGUGCCAUCUUCAUUGUACUCUCUUCGGUCCUUCCAUCUCCUCUCACUUCAUCCUCACUCCAUUCCCAUACCACUUCUUUAACCAGGCUCCGCCUAGGCAGAUCCGCACCCUCAAAAUGAGAUUCUCAAUCCCCCUUCUCCUUUCCGUUUCUUCUCUUGCCUUCGCUCUUCCAGUCGCAGAAUCGGAAGUCGAUGCAGCAGUAGAGGUUCAAGCUGCAGCCCAAGUAACAACCACCGAACAUCUCGCUACAACCGCACACUUUUUUGAAAACUCUGCUGCUGCUGUUGUAACUACAGAGAAUGGCUUGACUACUGAUGCUUGCAAACCCGUCAUUGUGAUUUUCGCAAGGGGUACUAAUGAAGAGGGAAAUGUCGGCCAGGACGUCGGACCCUACGUCUUCACCAACUUGAGAUCCGCACUUACAACUGCCAAAGUUACAGUGCAGGGUGUUGAUUAUUCCGCCAGUGUAUUAGGCUACCUCGCCGGCGGCGACUCAGCCGGCUCCAGUACCAUGGCCACUCUCAUCAACUCCGCCUCCACCAAAUGCCCCUCCGCCAAACUCGUCCUAUCCGGCUACUCUCAAGGUGCGCAACUCGUGCACAAAGCAGCCAAAACACUCUCUGCAGCUGUAACGGCCAAGAUUGCCGCAGUAGUCGUAUUUGGCGACCCAGACCGCGGCCAAGCUGUGGGAACAGUCCCAAGCAGUAAGGUGUUGAGCAUUUGCCACGAUCAGGAUAUCAUCUGUACUGGAAGUGGUGGAUUUACUACACAUUUGACAUACUCAAAUGAUGCACCAACCGCAAGUGCAUUUAUUGUCAAGGCUGUCGGAUCCGUUUAGAGGAUUUCUUUCCCAAAAAAAGAAAGAAAGAAUGAUUGAAGGGUUGAAGAAAAAGUUAGGAAUGGUUUGAUAGGACUGGAUGAGAGGAGUUGUCAUGCGGGGCCUCGUGUAUCGAACCUUUUAAAGGAGUUCUGUAGAUAACGAGAAAAAUAUUCCACUUGAAUCUGACCACUAAGUUCCCUCUUCAAGUAAUUUUCGCAAAUGAAUAGCCAUUGUGUUGAUGAUUACUGAUGCUCUCUACUUUCAUUGACUGUUUGAAUUGUAUCCGUAAUCACAUACAAGAGUAGGUAGAUAG